AUGUCAUUCGUCACUUGCCAACCGACCACGCACGGCAUGAACCUGCGUGCUGCACAUCGACGCCCAACGCUUUGCGCAGCGCCGACAACCACUGCUGCGGUGCCCAGCGUCGACCUUUGCGGCAUUUCAUCUGUCAGAAGAAGCCACUUCGUCCUCCACGCAGCCGAGCGUCACCAGCCCGAGCCUCUGUUGCACCAGAGCAAUUUGGCAGUCGUGCACAAAGGCACUGGCAAUCGAGCAGGGGACCCCCCUUGUUCGGUGCCAGCGCUUUUCCGUCUGCGUCCGCCGCCAGCGUGGACAAACGCUGCAGCACUGCGAUCGCAACGUGUGGGCGAUAUGCGUCCUCCAAUCCACCGCAGACGAACACCUCAGGACGUUCCUGAUAACUCUCCCAUUCGAGCCCAAUGUGUUGUGCGAGACCAAGCAAAAGCGCCCGCCUCGCGGCUUCGGACUGCCGUCCCACGGAACUGUCUCCAACCACACCUUGCCUACCUGUCGCAACGGCGUUGUUCCUUGCAAUCACUGUCUUCCCGGUGA